AUGAGUCUGUUGCUGUCGAAAAAGGGUUCUGAACAAAAGAGGUCAUCUUUUAUCACCCAAGAAGAUGUCAUCACUAUGUUGGAGAAUGAACUAAGUCGAAGCCAAGAAGAUUGGAAGUGUGUUCCUCAGCCGCUGUUUCCAUCAAGCUUACUUCAACAACCAUAUUCUAAAGGCUAUGAGGCACCAAGCUUCGUCCUUUUUGAUGGAAGAAAAGGAAGCCUAAAAGAGCAUGUAAACCGCUUCAUUGAUGCUUUGGGAUCACACGCUAGUGAUUAUAAUCUCCAUCUCCGAGAGUUUUCAAAAAGCCUUAUCGACCGUGCUUAUAUGUGA